AUGGAGCUCUUCCACAACUGCAUCAAGCUCGCCUCCGAGAACAAAAUCAACCAGAAGAACACGUGGGAGCUGGGGCUUAUUGACCACCUCAGCGAGAUCAUCCAGGCGGGGGAGGACGACGACGACGAGACCAACUUCCAGAAGGCUAGUUGCACGCUGGAGGCGGGCGUCAAGAUUUACUCUUUGCGUGUAGAUUCGGUGCACUCUGAGGCGUACAAGGUUCUUGGAGGCAUCAACCGGGCUGGAAGGGGGGAUGAGGCUGAUUCGGAAGAAGGUAGCAAUCCAGAGCAUGCACAAGAAGGCGCGGGCAAAAAGGAUGCCGAUAGAAGGAUAUCACCCACGUCAACAUUGGAGUCCUCCUUUGAUUCACUUAAUGUAAAGAAGUUUGAUGUUGCCUUCACCGUCGAUCCUUUGUACCAUCAAACAACCGCGCAAUUUGAUGAGGGUGGGGCAAAGGGACUCCUGUUAUAUAACCUUGGAGUAUACGACAGUUGUCGUGUGCUCUUUGAUUCGUUUGAAGGAGCAGACAAGUGCAUAUUAAGCGAUAUGCAAACUGAGAAGGAUGAGGUGAUUGAUCUUUCAUUUGCUAAAGAGCAAAUCGAGCAGAUGGUAAUUCACAUGCCUCUCUGCAAUGAUAUUUCUCCUACCUUGAGUGACAUUGUUUGUCAGUUUGAUGAUGAAAACCGAAGGCCACCUCAUGAAGCAAUUUCUAGGCAAAUUCCACUGACGGAAGAUCAGGUGGAUGACAGUAAUGAUGUGGCGAACGAUGAUGUCAUGCAAAAUGAUUGUGAGACUUGGGAUUUUGGAGGGUGUGAUGAUCAGGAGAGUGUGUACGAUGAACAAUGUAACCCAAUGGAUUAUAGUUCAAUGAACUGUCAAGAGGAAACUGAUGAGUACACUUUUGAGGCUCCUGAAGGUCUUGAUGUAAAUGAAAGAAUUGACAAAAUUGCCGAUUUCUUGUCAUUUGGCAUGGGAUUCUCUGCAAAAACAAAUGCUUGGGCUGGACCUGAGCAUUGGAAAUAUCGAAAAGCUAAAGAUUUGGACCCUGUCCCAACUAAACCUGAUGAUUCAGAUGCCCCAAAAAAGACGAAGAAGAAAAGAGGCAAGGAUGAACCUGACAUUGAUUUCAGCAAGGCAUUGGAACAUGAUAUUCCAAAUAUCUUUGCACCUCCUAAGAAUCCAAAGUCAUUGCUGCUGCCUGCAAAUAGGGCUACCUGCAAUAACAAACUUCCAGAAGAUUGCCACUAUAGACCUGAAAGCCUUGUUAAACUAUUUCUUCUUCCAGACGUUUUGUGUUUGGCUCGGAGAAGAAAAAAACCUCUUGGUGGUUCGAGGGAGAAUAAUGACGACUCCAUCCCAUCUGAACCUUGGGAUGGUGAUAACUUUUGCAACGAUUAUGCCAAUGAAGGGAAUGCUGAUAGUGAUGUAGAGGAGGCAGUAGAUCUUAGUACAAAACCAAGACAGGUCAACAAGAUUGAUAUACAAUAUGACAAGGUAUCAAAACAAGUCGAUGUUCAUGCCUUAAAAGAAGUGCUCUGGAAUCACAUCCAUACAUCUUCUGAGACGGAUGACACGGAUGACACGGACACAGAAUCACCGCUGUACCUAUCGAAGGUAUUGCAAGAUCUUCCAAGCUGCAACCCAGAUGCUGCAGCAACAGAAAUUUCGCCGCACCUAUAUUUCAUCUGCCUCUUGCAUUUGGCAAAUGAACACUGCUUGACCUUACGUGAUCGCCCAACAUUGGAUGAAAUUGACAUAUACAUUCCUACUUCAUCGCUUGUGAAGUAAUCCUGCAGUUCAAUAUGUUGUGCAGCCUGGUUUUAGUUUAUUUUUGGCUAGGGUUUUCUCGGUGUAUCAUUAGAUCACCUUUUGUAUGCGGAAGAUUAUAUAUGAUGUAAUGAGAAAAACAUAUUGUUAGAUUGGCGUAGGCUAAUAAUAUGGGUAACCAAUGACUUGCUCUUCAACCAAAUGACAACAAAACUAUAUACAAAAUAUGAACUAAAAAAUGGAUUAUAACUGAUUUUGUUGAACUAGAGUUCGUAGCAAGUAUCCCUAGAUUGAUCCUACCUGUCUCUUUGGGACGGUAUUUGUCUCCUUUUUUGCUGCCUCUUUUUUUUUUUCAUUAUAUA